AUGUUAAGUUACAGUUUACUAGAAAAGUGUUAUAGAAAAACCAAAGAAUUCACGUUUAAUUACGUGGAUCGAGUUCGUUUGGCAGAAGGUUCGCUUCAAGAUAAUAAGUACCCAACGCGAGGUUCUGGUUGGCGGCACAAUAAAUCAAUUUCACAUCUUGAUUUAGCCACAAGCUGUCACAGUACAGCUGCUGGCAUAAAUCAAUGGUCAAACAACCGGCAAUUGCGUCAUUCUAGAUCUUUGGAUUACAACCAUAUCGGUCGCUCCAAUGACAAUUUCGACAUAGCUGAAUUUUACUGGCGAAUUGAUCCUGAAACUGAAAAUUAUGAUGAGAAUAACGUUGAGACAGAGACAAAAUCCAACUUAAGAGCUUACGAAACACAUUAUUACAGAGAUAGUAAUUACGCCGAUGAAAAGAAUUAUCACUCCACAAAUAGUAUCUAUCAGAAGCACACAAGUGCAACAGCGGCUCCACAUCAAAUUAUAGAUUUUGGUAGUGAAUCGUGCAGCUUGAGACGAUCUCGCAGUUUGGCUGUGAUACGUGAGGAAACGUUUAGCGAUUUGCAAAUUAAUUCAGCUAACAAUAGUCAUCGACGCUCUCAGCUUAUACCUCGUGCACGUUUGGUAAAUCGUGGAUUUUUCCGCGAACGAGAAAGGUGA